CAUAGUUUUAGAGAAAGAAAACUCAAUCAAGAAAAGAAAGAAAGAGAGAGAGAAAGUAAAGAAAAUGUAUUGAUGGAAUGAAAAGAAACGAAAUCAAGAAGGUAAAAAGCAGAUUUUCAUUUACCCAUCAAAUAUACCUUCUCAGAUCUUCAAUCCAGUAGUAAGAUAUGAGAAAAAUGAGAUCACCGGCGACGAAUAUGAUCAGACCGGCGAAAAUAAUCGCCGGAGACGAAGAACCCAGAUACAGAGGCGUCAGGAAACGACCAUGGGGUCGUUACGCAGCUGAAAUCAGAGACCCAUUUAAGAAGACUCGUGUUUGGUUAGGCACUUUCGAUUCAGCCAUCGCCGCCGCUAGAGCCUACGACGCCGCCGCGAUUUCUUUCCGCGGUUCUAAAGCCAAGACUAAUUUCUCACCCAUCUCCGAUCACAACAACAACAACAACAACAACCCAGAUGAUUGUGAUCUGGAUCAGGAUAAUCAGUUUGAGAAUCAACAACAAAUUGGGUAUUUUCAUUCCCGGCCGGCGACUAGCAGUCUGAGUAGCACCGUUGAAUCCUCAAGCGGUCCAAGAAAUCCGUCGUAUCCUCCUCCUGUACGGAUCCGACGUGGGCAAAAGCCGUCUCUUCCUCCGCCGGUUCUUCCUGGAGAUUGUCAUAGCGAUUGCGAUUCGUCGUCUUCUGUCAUCGACGAACGCGGCGUCGGUGGUAAAAUGCUGUUGCCGCUGGAUCUGAAUCUCCCACCGCCGAUUGAUGAUACUGAUAAUGCUGAUUCUGCUGAAUUAAAUGCCACGGCUUUGUGUCUGUGAUUGAAUCUGUAUCUUCUGUUUGUUUGUUGUAAUCUUUUUUGUUUUGUUUUGUUCAAAUUUCUGAGAAAAGAAAAGAAAAUAUCAUCUUCCCUUGUGGUGGAUGACUGAUUUUAUAUGAUGAUGAUGAUGAUGGGAUUAGGGUUAUUUUCCUUCCUUUUCUUAUCGGUUUAUUAGAUCAAGUUCGUAUAAUGUAGAGACUACUGAUGUUAUGUAAUCUGGGUUUUGUUUCA